UUCACAACACAAACCCUUCACUUUCUCCGAUCCAGAAGACCCAACGAUGGUGAGAGAAGAAGAAACAAGACAGAGCCCAAGAACCCAACCCAGAGAACAAAACUCAGUUCAGAUCGGAAGUGGCACGAGUGGUGGGACCAGCUUGUUGUUCAGCCCCAGAUUCAAAUCGGCGGCCGCCAUGGCCGGAUGGGACGAAGAGAGUCUCUUAAUGGCGAGCCUUAUAGUCGAAGACACGCCGGAGCAAGAUAUUAAGCAGAAGAAACGAUCUGUUUUUAGGUCCAAGACUCCACCCACCAAUUCAUCAAGAAGAAAGAGGGUUCAGCGAAAGAGCCCGAUUUCUUCGAUCCCUGUGACUGUUCUUGAUCUUGAUAAUGUGGAAGCUACAAAAGAGGAGAGUGUGAAGGAGAAGGUGAAGCCUGAAAUUGUUGUUGGGAAUGAAGAAAUGAAAGGAUGGAAAGAUGAGAAGAUGAGUGAGAGCUCUGGUGCUUCAUGCUCGAACUCGAACUCGAAUCUUCCUCGCAUGGAUAAGCUCAGGGAUGAGCUUUCUUGUGCUAUCUGCUUGGAUAUUUGCUUUGAACCCAGUACCACUCCUUGUGGACACAGUUUCUGUAAGAAAUGCUUGCGAUCUGCGGCUGAUAAGUGUGGGAAGAGGUGCCCCAAAUGCAGGCAGCUAAUGAGCAAUGGAAGAUCUUGCACAGUGAACACAGUUCUAUGGAACACGAUUCAACUUCUCUUUCCUCAAGAAGUUGAAACUAGGAAAGCAGCUGGAGCAUUGAAUAAUCAUGAAGAAGCUGAGCGAAAAAUCCCUGAUAAGGCCUUUAGCAGUAGCAGCUCGAGGAAUCAAAGCAGAAGAGCAUCAAGCAGAGACGUGGCUCUAAGGAGAAGAAGGGUAGUUCUAAGCCAAGAUGAAGACGAGGAUGAUCCUGCACCACUAGCUAUAAGGUUACAGAUGAGAAGAGCUGAGAAUCAAAGUCAAGAACUUGGCAACUUGGCUCGACCAGUAAGGAUAUCAGCAGGCAGAGAAAUUCGGCCUAUGAGGAGAGUAUCAAGUAGAGAUGCAAAUCCAACUAAUAGUAGAAGGGCGCCAAACCAAGAUGAGGAUGCUGCGUUAGCUCUGAGGUUACAGAGGGAGGAGUUACUGGAGGCUUUUAGGGGAACCAGCGAUCAAUCUAGUGCCUCUCUUUCAUCGGCUAGAGCAAACCUGAGAGCCAUGGCAUCUAGAGCUACUACUCGUGGUGCGGUAACCGGAUUUAUUUAGUCUAAUAUUCUCUUUGAUUGGUAAACUGCUUUUCUCAUCACUGUUUACUAGCAUUGCUCAAUCCUAGUGUUACUAGGUCUGUUGCGUUACUUUGUAAAUGUAUACCCAACAUUUACAAACCGUGAACACAGCUUUUCCUGAUGAUUUAUAGAUUAGAUCUUUUAUGCA